AUGAAAAGAAUGUAGCAAUACAUAAUUGGGAUUAAGGUUUCUGACUUUCAAGAAUAUUUCUGCUUGGCAACGUGCAGUGUGGCUCAUGCCUAUAAUCAGCACUCUGGGGAGGCUGAGGUGGGAGGAUGGCAUGAGCCCAGUUUGAGACCAGCCUGGGCAACAUAGCGAGACCCUGUCUCUACCAGAAAUUUAAAAAAUGAGUGUGGUGGUGUGUGCUUCUCCUCUUUAUCUACUUGGGUGCUGAGGCAAGAGGGUAACUUGAGCCCAGGAGGUCAAAGCUGCAGUGAGUCGCGAUUGUGCCACUCCAGCCUGGGUGACGAGUGAGACCUUGUCUCAAAAGCAAAACAAAAAAGAAUAUUGCUGCUUGUUUGCCCAUGAGGUAUAUUUCUUUCAUUUUAUGAAAAGCAUUUUGACAACACGUUAACAUUUAAUAAACUUUAGAUUAAAAUAUAUAGUGCAAGCAACAUGCCAUUUCAAAUCCGUAGACUUGUUUUUUUGAUACUCUUGCUGUAGGUCGCAGUGAGGGGUAGGGAAGCAUAUAUACUGUAGGGAGAAGUAUCAAAAUCAUUUAAGGUCUUUUUUUCCAAACUAGUGUUCCCCUCCCACAUCCCAACAACUCUUGGAAGUCUGGUGCUCCCUCUAGGUGAAAAUCAUUUGCUGGCUUAUGGAGUCACUGUUGCUGAGUCCCAUCCCCCAGUUACAGUGCAGUGGAAAACAGGUUUAGAAUCUAGAACUUGUUUGUAUGUUGUCACUUGGUUAUGUUCCAAGUAGGUUAGAACCAUGGAAAAGAGAUUGCAAAUGGUAGUUUCUUCUAGAUAUUCAAAUGCAUAUAUAUAUAUGUACAUGUAAUUAUAAAUAAAUAAUGAAUUUUUAUCAAAGUGUUGUAUGAACAUAGGCUUUUGUUUGUUUUUGAGACAGUCUCCCUCUGUUGCGCAGGCUGGGGUGCAGUAGCGCAAUCUUGGCUCACUGUAACCUCUGCCUUCAGGGUCCAAACGAUUCUCCUGCCUCAGCCUCCUGAGUUGCUGGGAUUACAGGUGUGUUCCACCACACCUGGCUAAUUUAUAUUUUUAGUUGUGAUGGGGUUUCACCAUGUUGGCCAGGCUGGUCUUGAACUCCUGACCUCAAGUGAUCUGCCCGCCUUGGUCUCCCAAAGUGUUGGGAUUAAGGCAUGAGCCACCGUGCCCAGCCUGAACAUAGUUUAAUGGUACUUCAAGGCUAAUAAGGAAAGCCCCUUGCUCCAUCCUUUCCUAUUCCUCAGUCCCAUCCCAAGAGACAUUCAGCCUUCAGUUUUUUCUAACUCAGUUCUUUCAGCCUUCAGUUUUUGGUUUUAGGUUUCUAAAUAAUAUGAUUAUACAGCCAUUUUUUUUUAGGCGUUUGUCAACUUACUAUUAAGACAGGUGAAAAUUUCUUUUAUCGUUUCACAUCCUUCUAAUAUUAUUUUGGUUAGAUCGUGUACCUGUUUGCAUAGCUGUGAUCAUGCUUGUAUGUUCACUCAUGAAUUAGUUUAAUAUGCUUACAUUUUCAUUCUCAUACAACGUUUUGUCUUGGAGUUAAUGCUCUUAUUUUUUUGGCUUUUUAUGCACAUCAUUGAUUCUUCCCAAACAGUCCCAAAUAAAUUUGUCACAACUUUUCUUGAUUCUGUACUUGUUUCAAUCUAGACUAGUUUCUCUCAUCCAAUUGUACAGCAGUUUUCCUGAGACAGCACUAUCGUGAGGAUUUGUUUUUCUUUCUCUUGAAUUGUAUCCCUCAUUUUCUGGAUCCCAUGUCUUAAUUUACUUCUUUGUUAACAUGGAGCACUUCUUUCAGUAGUUUCUUGGGAAUGAGUGUGUGAGAGAUCAGUCAGUUAUUUAGUGACUUCAUAUUUCUGAAAGAUAGUUUGCAUGGAAAUUCUAGGUGGAAAAUCAAAUUUGGAAUUUUUGAAAAUGCUGACAAGUGUAUUCAAAUUCAGAAUUUUGAAGGCAUUGCUCUAUUCUAAUUUGCAAAAUCUUGAGAUAUCUGAUGCAGUUUUUAUUUUUGUUUCUUUGUUUUCUCAGCAUCUCUGUUUCUAGUGUUCUAAAAUUGCAUGAUACUGUGCUUUGGUGGGAUUGGCAACCUGGAAAAUAUUAAGUUCUUGAUCUCUCCUCUUCCUCCUCAUUUUCUUUGUUCUGGAACUCUAUGACAUAGUGGAGCUCCCAAAUUGAAUCUUGGGCCUUAUUUUUUUUUUUUCUGUCUGGGAUAUUUCUCUAAGACAAUUUUCCAAUUUGUAUUGCAUUUUAUUUUUGGCUAGCAUUAAAUUACUUGCCUCUGUGUAGCUCCAUGCCACACUCUUGCCUCUAAAUCCUAGGCCUGCCUGAAUUCUGCAGGGUCAGUCCUACUGUCACUCAUCCGUGAUAGCCCUGCUAAGGCAGAUACCACUCUUCUUACCAUGUUCAAUACAUUUAUUGAGCUCUUCAGUAUUGUUUCUUCCUAUUUUAAUUUUUCUGGUUUUGUAGUUUGUACUCCUGCUUUUUUACUGGGCUUUUGGGAGGAAGAAGGUAUAGAGUGUUAAUCUGCAUGUUGAAUUUAUAUGCAGGUGACUUUAUUCAUGAAACUUGUAACUGCUAGACAAGGGUGGCUGGGUGUUCGAUGUGUAAGAAUGCUUGUGUUUUCUUGAAAGUAGAAAAAUGUGUGAUAGACUAGUUGUUCAUUGCUUGAUUCUUGAUUAAUUUUGCCCGCUUUCAUUAUUUUGAGGCUCAAGCGUUUUGAAGUAUUCAUUGUCUGUGACUACUCUUUGAUGGGUACUAAAUUUCCUGGGAGUGAAUUUAGAUACCCUGAGAUGUAAUAUAUGAAAGAAAAAGCAAAUACUUGAGAAUGUCCCUAGAUUAGACACUUCAUGUGAGAAUAUCUCUUUUUGUGACCUAAAACUAUUUUUUUUUCUUUUGAGAUGAAGUUUCGUUUUUGUUGCCCAGGCUGGAGUCCAAUGGUAUAAUCUGCCUCAGCCUCCUGAGUUGCUGGGAUUACAUGCAUGUGCCACCACACCCGGGCUAAUUUUGUAUUUUUAGUAGAGAUGGGGUUUCUCCUUGUUGGUCAGGCUGGUCUCGAACUUCCGACCUCAGUUAAUCUGCCUGUCUCGGCCUCCCAAAGUGCUGGGAUUACAGGCAUGAGCCACCGCACUUGGCCCCAAAACUCUUCUUAAAGGUGGUCUUGCAGGUAUGUUAUAGUUAAAAUGAAGUAGGUUGUCUUGCUUUGUUCUUAAGUGGCUUUCCAGAAGUCUAACUGGUCUAAAGGCAGUCUUAUCCCCCUCACUGGUGUAUAGUUCAAUUCAGACUUGAAUGUGAGGUAUGGGUUUACAUCUCAUCUCUGCCACUUAUAAUCAGUGUAUCCCUCAACAAUUAAAGUCCUUAGUCUCCAUUUCCUUCCUCCUUCAGGGGAAGUUAAUAUUCCACAAAGUUAGAAGUUACAGGAGAGAGGAAAAGUAGUAAAUGCCCCAAAAUGAGGCAGUUACUUCUAUUAUAUCUUCAAAGGAUACAUGGCUCAAGGCAGGUCAGGUAGUUGGGAGAUUUCUUAAAAACAGCAUAAUAGCUAACAUGAACAUUUUCAUUAUUCAGAGAAAUUCGACAUAGCUUUUUAACGUAUGUUUCUGAGAAAAGUUACUAGUUAUAUUGUCUUCCUCCAAGAAUUAGUCUUUGGGUACAGAUGAGGCUUGAAAAAAUGACAUUCCCUCUUAGACUAGGUAGUGUGAAGGGAAAAAAAAAUGACAUUCCUUUUCCCCCAAAGCAGAGUGAGGUCCGUAUGGGAUAUAGGUGUAAAGAAAAUUUUGGGCUGGGCAUGGUGGCUCAUGUUUGUAAUCCCAGCACUUUGGGAGGCCGAGGUGGGUGGAUCACUUGAGGUCAGGAGUUCAAGACUAGCCUGACCAACAUGGCGAAACCCCAUCUGUACUAAAAAUAAAGAAAUUAGCCAGCUAUGGUGGCACAUACCUGUAAUCCCAGCUACUUGGGAGACUGAGGCAGGAGAAUCUGGAAGCAGGAAGGUCUCAGUAGGCUGGGAUCAUGCCACUGCGCUCCAGCCUGGGCAACACAGCAAGACUGUCUCAAAGAAAAUUUUGUGGAACACCUAUUUUCUCACUGACAUGAAAAAUGUUUCAAAGAUGAAUAAUGUCCAUCAAGCUAUGGCAAUGGAAGUGAGGAUGAUAAAGGAUUGCACAGUUGUUUGCAACCUCACUGUUAGUAUCCUGCUGGGAUAGUUGGUCUCCUCAUCACUGUAGCAUCUUUUAUGUACAGCAGAGGGCAGAAGCUCCUUGGCGUGUCUGUGAGGGAACCACAUAUAUGGAAGGCUGUUAUUCCUGAGAAAGGAGGAUGUGCAGACACUCACAGAACAAAGCCUUUGUAAAGGAAAGGCGGCCGAUGAGAUGGAGUGCUUCCUUCACCUGUGGUGGGUCUGUAGCCAUGAAAUCGCCCACUCACAAUCGCUUUUUGUAGCUACUGGAAGCACUAGGCGUCUGACCUGCCAUCAUCCUUGUAAUGAUGUCAUAAUCAUAUUCUGUCCGUGUUUAUUGCAGUUCUCUGGUUUGUCUGGAGUGUUUGCAAGUCAGUCAUCAUAGUGGCAGCUUCCGCCUGCUACAGGAUAUUUAUAUAUGGAAGCAUACCAUGGCAGGAGUGCUGGAAAGGUGGUGUCAGCUAACAGUUGCUUCAGCCAGAUAAGGAUGGUGUUCCAUCUUAACAUAAGUCACCAACUUCUAAACCUGGCACUGGGCAUUUGAAGAAUAGGAUUCGUCCCUACUCUAAGGAGUUUUCAGUCUAUCGGGAAAUCAAAGAUGUAAGCAAAUAGAUGCAAUAAAAUACUAUAGAUGUUCUGAUAGAAGAAUGUAAAGAAUCCAGCAAAGGCAAAAGGAAAGACAGGGACAAUGACUCAUUCUUCCCAGGACACUGGUUCUUGUGGCAUUCAGGAAGAUGGAAAGCUUUAUGUGGUGGAUUCCAUAAACGACUUAAACAAACUAAACCUCUGUCCAGCCGGAUCGCAACAUCUGUUCCCUCUAGAGGACAAAAUCCCAGUCCUUGGCACAAACUCAGGAAAUGGAAGCCGGAGUCUGUUUUUUGUGGGGCUGCUAAUUGUGCUGAUUGUCAGCCUGGCGCUGGUUUUUUUCGUGAUAUUUCUAAUAGUUCAAACUGGAAACAAGAUGGAUGAUGUGUCAAGAAGACUAACAGCUGAAGGAAAAGACAUAGAUGAUCUUAAGAGAAUCAAUAACAUGAUCGUAAAGCGACUCAACCAACUCAACCAACUGGACUCUGAACAAAACUAAAGGAAUGAUUUUCUGAAAGCACCUGCUAACACCUUGAGCUUCUUACUUUCCUGGGAGUGUACAGGGUUAGGAACUGAGAAAGUGCACUCCUUCAGGCAACAGAUGAUCUGGUCAGGCAACCCACCCCUGGGGCCCACUUUCUGCAGCAAGAUGGGAGCAACUCCAAGGCAAGUGGGUAUGGGAAUAGCAACUAAAAAGGGGUGAACUUGUCUCAGCCCCCUUUUAUGGUAGGGUGCUUCAACUUUAAUCGGGUGGGUGGCUAGCAGGGAGGAGAAUCAACAAAGCAAGAGAACUUGACUAUGUACGUCCAACUUCUUACAGAAGGAGCUUUGCUACCAGAACAAGUUCACUGUGUCAAUGAAGUUCAUGACACCUCAUGCACCUUUACAGAUGUCUGGGAAAGCCUGAGAAAUUCAUUGAGUUUUAUGUGUUGAAGGGAACCAGGUGAUUACUCUUUUCAACAAGAGGGAUUCUGCUCAGGUGAUUAGACGUUGACUCUAUUUCCCCAGGGAGAGCGAUGGGUGGACCCCCGAGCUAGUUGCUGUCUGGUGUUUGCUGGUGAAAACAUGAGCAGUAGUUAUGUGGGGUUGGGAGUCAAAAGGGAAAGCCUAAUUAAUUCAACUAAUGUUUAUUAAGCUCCUACUCUGUGCAAAUCACUCUACUCAAGAGGAGCUCACAUAAGAGUGCAGGAUAAAGAAAGGAGAUGGACAGUUAUAUGUAAUUAUAUAAGCUUUGUGUAUUUUGUUUCUCAUGAAAAAACCCCUUUGGCAUCCUGCUGAUUGAUUUGGAAGAAAUCUGAUAGAUUUGUGGCCUUUGCUAAAUUGCACUAGGAAAUUAUGUAGUUAGGAUAUUUGGAACCUGCAUUAGUUCCAGCAAUGAAGUAAGACACACAGGAUAUGACAUAAGAUACAGUGUGAAAUAAAUGAGCUUAAAAAGCAUAUGAGUCUUAGAAAAUCUUUUAUUUCAUAUAAAAAUAUUCUACCAGUCAAUUGAAGAAUGUAUUAUGAUUCUAUCAUUUUGGAUUGAUCAAAAACAUUUGGGUUUACUAGGAUAUUAAGCAUUCACUUUACAAUACUAAAUAGUUAAUGAAAUAAACACAUUUUGCUUAUCCAGUUUUGCACUCAAAAACCAUGUGUAUUGAUACUGUUUUUCUUAAAAUUGAUAGAUAUCAUGCAGAACAUUGUUAAAAUGUGAAAUUCGCAAUUAUUGGAAAAUCUUUUUUGACCUAUCGAUAGGGUAUGGCAAAAAUCAUUUGUUAUCACGAUUCGUUGUAAAGUUGUUUCAGAAACUGAUGAUCUGAUGCAACAACUCUUUGAAAAAAAAGCACUUAUUUCUUUCCUUUCUGUAUGCCCUUAUUAUACUUUUCUCCCUUUUCUAUCUAAACUGUGGAUAUAUUUCGUCUUCAGUGAUAACCUUUAUUCCAAGAAAUUUAUGGUUUUUACAACAUAAAAUAGUGUCUGAUAAAUCAUUUUAUUC